AUGGCUGCAAGCUCAUCUUUGGAAAAAGGGCAGGAAGAGAGGUGGAGGAAUGCUAUUGUCUCAAGGUUUCAAUGCAGUAAUGCAGAAUCAAUAUACAGAGAACUGUGUGUUGAAAAUGAUGAUGUGUGCAAGUUUAUGCAGAAGAAGAUAGACAUGAAGACCAUAGUUGCAUAA